AUGGAGAGCAGGCUGCGCGCCUGGGAAUCCCUGCGGAAUGAUGCCCGUCAGGCUGACAGGGUCAUUGAACGGCAACUCAAUGCGCUGGAAGGCAUUUCUCGCUUCGGCGACAACACUAUCAGUUAUGAGUUUAAGGGGAUGAGUGAUGGGGCUGCGUCAUCGGCGGCGCAGAUAGAAAUGGCGCAGCGGGAGUUUGACCGGCAGCGCAAUGAAGUUGAAACGUCACUUCAACGCUUUGAAUCCCUCUUAGAGACAAUGGCAGAUACCGCCCGCGCGUUGCCACUUGAGUCUACGGCACAAAGCCACACCGAACGUUUUCUGCAGCUUGCGGCAGAUAAGCGGCGCACUGUGGCGCGCCUUGUGGCAGACUUUAAACGUCGCCGUGAGUGGGUGGAGUUGAUGCCAAGCGUCACGAAUGAUCUAGAGACGCAUAGGGAGGGAGAGGGGGUACGGUUUCUCAUAGAAGAGCAGGAGUCUCUGCGCCACACCCAGCGACGAUUGAAUACUAUACUGACUCAGGUCGAUACAUCACGGGAACAGUUGCGUGGGCAACGGGAUGCUUUUACACGCAUGGAGGAUCGUGCUAUGCAGAUUGCUCUGCGGGUUCCUUUAAUCAAGAAGGUGCUAGGCCGCAUUGACAGUAGGCGGCGCAGGGAGGCCCUCAUAUUAGGCGGGGUAAUUGGUGUAUGCAUGCUUUUGGUGAUAUUCUUUUGGUAG